AGCGAAGAGAGAGCGAGAGCCAGAGCGAGGAGAGAGCGAGAGCCAGAGCGAGGAGAGAGCGAGAGCCAGAGCGCGAGAGAGCCAGAGCGAGGAGAGAGCCAGAGCGCGAGAGAGCCAGAGCGCGAGAGCCAUCUGCCGGUCACCUUGAGCCGCCGUCCGUCUGCCGCAGGUGGCCGCCGCGAAGUCCCAGCCAUGUCCGUGUCGUAGGCUGUCCCUCGUGCUCUGGCCUCCCUCGUGGACCCCUCGCCUGCCGCAGCCAUGGACUCUGACACGGAGAACCUGGAGAAGCAGUUCAGCAGCAGGCUCUUACUCCGCCAUGCUAGUCAAAACUCGCUGGAUGAAAGUUCUCAGAAACACAUCCCUCGCUCGGAGACUAAACACAAGCUACCCUACAGAAAUCCUCAACAUUUCCCGAGAGCUUUCGAUAAUUUGAAUCUGAUGAGAAGGCAGAGUCAGCUAUGUGACGUCGUCCUGGUAGCUGACAGUGUAGAGGUACCAGCCCAUAAAAUGGUGCUUGCAUCAUGCAGUCCGUACUUUCACGCCAUGUUUACCAGCUUCGAAGAGAGCCGGCAAGAUAGAAUAGUAUUGCAAGAUAUAGAUGGCAGCGCACUCCAGCUCCUUAUUGAUUACGUUUAUACAGCUGAAGUCCUUGUUACCGAGGAAAAUGUGCAGGUACUUCUUCCCAGCAGCCAAUUUGUUGCAGCUAACAGAUGUCAGAGAUGCUUGCUGUGACUUCCUCCAGUCUCAGCUCCACCCUACAAAUUGCCUUGGCAUACGUGCAUUUGCUGAUCUACAUGGGUGUUUAGAGCUGCUUUCCAUUGCAGAGAGCUAUGUAGAACAGCAUUUUUGUGAAGUUGUUGAGUGUGAAGAGUUCCUGUCUUUAACUUCACAACAAGUCAUAAAGUUAAUAUCCAGUGAUAGACUCACAACUCCCUCAGAGGAAAAGGUUUUUGAGUGUGUCAUGAGUUGGGUGGGUGGAGACUUGCCCAAUAGAGAGCAGUAUUUGGCAGAGCUGAUGGAAUAUGUAAGAUUACCUCUCCUGUCACAAGACUAUCUGAUCCAGCGUGUGGAGGAGGAGCCAUUGCUCAAGCAAGAUACUCAGUGUAAAGAUUACUUAAUAGAAGCCAUGAAAUACCAUCUACUUAAAGGAGAACAGAAGGCCCUGUUCAAGUCACCUAGAACAAAACCCAGACAACCAGUUGGACUUCCAAAAGUUCUACUUGUAGUAGGUGGCCAGGCACCAAAGGCAAUACGCAGUGUGGAGUGUUAUGAUUUUAAAGAUGAACGAUGGUUUCCUGUAGCAGAGAUGCCCACCAGAAGAUGCAGAUGUGGAAUAGCUGUUAUCAAUGGUAAAGUGUAUGCUGUUGGGGGAUUCAAUGGUGCUCUCCGAGUACGAACUGUUGAUGUGUAUGACCCAACGCGGGAUUCUUGGUCUUCCUGUGCCAGCAUGGAAGCACGUAGAUCAACCUUGGGAGUUGCCACACUUAAUGGAUGCAUAUAUGCUGUUGGUGGUUUUGAUGGUUCGACUGGAUUGAAUAGUGCAGAAAUGUAUGAUUCAAAAACUUAUGAGUGGAGAAUGAUCGCCCCAAUGUCAACACGUCGCUCAUCUGUUGGUGUUGGCGUUGUCAGUGGUUUUCUAUAUGCUGUUGGUGGGUAUGAUGGAGCAUCACGACAAUGCCUGGCAUCAGUAGAGUGUUACUGUCCUGAGUCAGAUGUCUGGACUUCAGUAGCUGAAAUGUCAGCUCGCAGAAGUGGAGCUGGUGUUGGAGUCCUUGAUGGGCUUCUAUAUGCUGUGGGUGGACAUGAUGGUCCUUUGGUAAGAAAAAGUGUGGAGGUGUACAACCCUGACACCAAUUGUUGGAGUCCAGUUGCCGACAUGAAUCUCUGCCGAAGGAAUGCUGGAGUAAUUGCUUUGAAUGGCCUGCUGUAUGUAGUAGGUGGGGAUGAUGGAACAUCUAACCUGGCAUCCGUAGAAGUUUAUAACCCAAAGACUGAUGCAUGGACCCUCUUGCCAGCCCAUAUGGGUAUUGGAAGAUCUUAUGCCGGUGUUGCAAUUAUAGACAAACCUGGUUUCUGAGACGAGGCUGAGGGUGCGGAGGAGUGACUGCUCUAGUUAAAGGAAACAUUAAGUGAACUCUGCUGAAGUUCCAUAAGUGCUCCAAGCCACAAUGUUAUGAUUGUGUGUGAUUUUAUGCGUGUUGGUGCAUAUAUAUGAGGGUGUGUAUAUAAUGAUAUUGCUUGGUCCUUUAUUUUGGAAUAUUUUAAGCUGAGUAGCUCCAUUAGGAUCUAAGAGUGUUUUAGUAAACUGUAAAGUAUAAGAAUGUUGUGGCAUAAAGGAACUAAAGAUGAUGAGGAUGGUAUGUGAAUUUGAUUGAAGUGAAAAUCAAAUUCACAUGCCAACUUAGAGAGAUUAAAAGCCCAAGCAUCAUUCCAGUUGAAGAUAUGUUCUUUAUUUUUUACAGCCUUACUGAAUUGCAGUUCUUUACAUUAUAGGAGUUAUUUUGUGAUAAACAGUGCCUUUUUUAACAAGGGUUUUUAUUUUUUGCUUCUUUAAGCUUAUCUUCAGGAUUUGAGACAGUUGAAACAUAUCUACAUGUCUUGAAGUAAAACCACAGAGACUUCAAAUUUAUAGCUAUAUAUGAAUUGACAGUUUUCCUGCAUUAAGAUAAGUUCACUUUGCAUCAUGGCUUGAGGGCACUGAUGGGACUUCACAGAGCAGUAGCAGUCACACCCGCACCUGUGGAAAAAAAAAAAAAAAAUUGGUGCAAUAAUCUAAAAGAUGUGGAGGCACAUUAGAGUGACAACAGAAAUCUUCCAAAAGACGAUUGAAAACUGAAAAAGAAAAACUAAUAGACAAGGCAACUUGGUUCUAAAUUGUGUGUGUCAGUGAGAAGAAAGAAAGAAAAAAAAAAAA